AUGUUCCAAAUCGACGAGCACAACCUCCCGGUUGUGCAAACUCGCCAGGCGCUCUUGUUACUCGAUUUACAAAAUGACUUCGUCUCGACCGACGGUCUAUUAGCUGUCGACGAACCGCGAGACUUUUUGGACAACAUUCUCGAGCUCCUCCCACAUUUUCGAGCCUCCAAAAACAAUGUCAUAUGGGUUCGUAGCCAGGUGGGGGCCUCACGGCCGGUCAACCAGCUCUCGCGGGACAGCGAGAGUGUGAUAACAGACGACCAGCUAUUACCAGGUCACCGUCGCGCGGGACAGAGAGUCCGCCCUAUGCCCUCCCAAAAACUUCUCGAACGGCAUAGUAGAAUUGCCAUGGCGAAUGGCCUAGAACCUAGCAUCAAUAAUGAGUCGAUAGAGGUGGAUGAUGGAGAGGAGGAAGAGGAGGAAGGCGGCAUAGAGGAAACAUUUCUGACAUUCUCACCCCACACAAAACCCCGUGUGGCGCUCUCUUACUCCCCAGGGGGGAAUUUUGCUGGGCAAGCGGUUAAGGCUAUGGAUAUGACACAGGAUUUAAUUUUCCAAAAGUCGUACUACUCAGCUUUCAAAGAAGGAACCCUUCUCCAGGUCAUGCGAGGAAAGCUGGUCACGGAGAUUUUCCUUUGUGGUUCCUUGACCAACAUCAGUGUCUUUGCAACCGCAAUGGAUGCUGCUCGUCAUGGGUUUGCCAUCACCAUUCUGGAGGACUGCCUUGGGUACAGGAGCAAAGCUAGACAUGACGAGGCAUUGAGGCAAUUGACUUUGUCUACCGGCUGCGAUAUAAUAAGUAGUAAAGAACUUAUUCAUGAUUUGAGUCUCAAGGCAGACCUGCAAUCUAAGCUUCCUAGAAAUGACCAGCCUUGGGUCCGAAAAGGAGAUGAUCUAGAAAAUAGGAUGGCGAGGCUGAAAUUACGACGAGCUGGACAAUCUUCCUCGAAAAGACCCGCAGGCGCAAGUGAAAAUACACGGGCAAUAACCGCCGAUGUUGCGGCGAGUUCAGGAGGCAGUCAAAGUUCGAUAUCAUUGGAGGCUGAUGAGGAGUGGACACCUCCUGUCAAAUCAGCCGUGGCCGAAGGGAAGAAGAGAGAAAGGGUCCCGACGAAAAUAAAGACUCGGCAGCGACAUUUAAAACCAGGGCUUAACGGAAUAGAUGGAGCGGCAACGCAUGGCAGGCGAUCAAUUUCUCCAACUUCUGCAACCUUGACGGGAGCUGCCCAAGCGCUUGAGAGUAUCCUACCACACUUAGAAGCGGACAACGUGCCAGAGCCCAGUGCCGAAUUGACAGAUCCAUCUGGAGCGCCGGCCAAAACCUCUGAGCAAGUUCCUUCAACGGAGAUAAGGACGAACGGUGGAUUGAUAGAGGUAACGGGGGACCAUGAUCCAAAGGUUGAGCCCCCGACUUCUAGUCACAAAGAAAGCGGUUCGCCGAAGGGCUUGGAACGACCUUCAACAAAGCUUUGUGAGGGCGACACUACCAUUAUUACCGGACUUAUCGAUGAUAAACUUGCAGAUGGAAUCUUUGAGAAAGUCCGCGAUGAAGUUAGAUGGCAAAAGAUGUCUCACCAGGGUGGCAAUGUUCCACGAUUAGUGGCUGUCCAAGGCCAGGUUGAGGAGGAUGGCAGCACACCCAUAUAUCGUCAUCCAGCAGACGAAUCACCCCCAUUAUUACCUUUCUCCCCAACUGUUUCUUUGAUCCGAGCAAAGGCUGAGCAAAAACUGGGGCAUUCCGUCAACCAUGUUUUGAUACAGUGUUACCGGGGCGGGACAGACUAUAUCUCAGAGCACAGCGACAAGACUUUGGAUAUUGCUCCAAAUACAUUCAUUGCCAAUGUUAGCCUUGGUGCUCAGAGGACCAUGAUUUUCCGAACCAAAAGACUACCGAGAUCCAACAGCUUUUUUGAGAGCGCUACAGUGCCAGAGCCUCGCCAGAGCUGCAGAGCGCCACUGCCACAUAAUUCAAUGGUGAAGAUGGGUCUGGUCACCAACAUGCGGUGGCUGCAUGCAAUCCGACAAGAUAAACGCAUGUUAAGCGAGAAGUCACCGGAAGAACUGGCUUUCGACGGUGGUCGUAUUUCUCUGACCUUCAGAUUGAUCGGCACAUUCCUGGAUAAAGAUGAAAUCAAGAUUUGGGGUCAAGGUGCAGUUGCCAAAACAAAAGCAGAAGCUAGGACAGUCCUCAAUGGAGUGACACCAGAAUCUGAGAAGAUGUUGAAGGCAUUUGGCACCGAGAACCAAUCUUCGGAGUUUGACUGGCAGCAGACGUAUGGCGGCGGGUUUGACGUUCUCCACAUUUCUAACAGCCGAAAACUCUUCUUAUCCGGUGACGGUGUUGCAGACCUGAGAGUAAAAAUUCUGCUGGCGGAGUACGGUAUCGAGUGGGUGGAAGGAAAACUCUCCCCAUCUUUCAACUGGAAGGAUGGUAACUCCAGCGAGAAUCCGCCGCCUAUUCCAGAGGACCUGCCUGUCAAAUUCGUGGAUAACGACCUGAGUAAGUCGACUAUCGUUGGUGACCUCGCUAUUUUGCUGUAUCUUGACACGGUCUAUGCACAAAAUCCGGGUGCUAAACCGAGAUCUCAAGCCGAUCUGGCGCAGCAGUUUACGCGUUUCCAUCAGUGUUCCACUCUGCUAGAGAAAUGGCGUGCAGUGCCAUUCAGCAUUAAACCCUUCAACCGAGAGAUGGAACUUUGGGAGGCACAUGCAACAGAAACACCAUUCAUUGCUGGCUCCGCUCUAUCUGUGGUUGAUUUUGCCUUGUGGCCCAUUCUACAUGAGAUACAUGGAGAAUGGCCCGAUCUUGGUGGCCAUGGGAAACUAUUUACUUAUUAUAGAAACUUGAGCAAGCUGGAGAGUAUAAAGAAUGUAGCUUAUCCUGGGGAUGGGCCUACUGAGACGACGGCUUAA